AUGGAGACAAUUUUUCGGUGGUCUGGAGAAACCCCCCCAAGUAUGAUAAAGAAGAGUUGUGUACUCUUGAACUCCACCACUUUGAAAAUUGGGAUAGAUCUUGGAUACAAAGUUGAUAUAACACAAAGGGUUACAAACUUUAAAGUUUACUAUAAGGGGCCUGCAAAAAGUGGUCAGCAUGUUGUGAAUGAGGUAUUGGUGUUGUAUUACCAUGAUCCUACUCAUAACAAUGAGCUAGAGAGUGAAGAUAAAGAGCAACAACAGCAUAGUGAAGAUGUUGGCAAUGAAGAUGAAGAGGAAGAGGAAGAGGAGGAAAAAGAGGAUGCUACAUCAAGAGCACAACCAAGGAACGAUGCACCAAAUGUUGAAUAUGCACAAUGUUUUAAAGAGAUGAAUGAAAUACCUCUUAAUGAAGUUACAGGGGAGAUAUCAGACGAUGAUGAAGAUAGUGAUCGACUUCCUUCUGAUGGUGAUAGCUCUGGUGGUGAGGAAGAUGGUCAAAAAAAGACAAGCAAGAAGAAAUAG